AUGGAGGUGGAGUUCUUAUAACAGUUAUUUGAUCACUAGGACACCCCCCCUCCCCUAAAUAAAUUUAUCUUUAGGAAGCGGACCAUCAGUUUGGAUUCAGUAACAAACAUUCGACAAUCGAUCAAGUCCAUCGCGUUACUAACGUGAUAAGUAAAGCCCUUGAAGAAAAAGAUUACUGCUGUGGAGUGUUCCUUGACGUAGCUCAAGCUUUUGACAAAGUCUGGCACAAAGGAUUCCUCAUCAAACUACGUGAACAACUGCCACAUACCUGGUGUGCACUUCUUGAAUCAUACUUAACCGUCCGUCAAUUCCGAGUCAUACAUGAAGAAGCAGUAACCGAAUAGAAAAAUAUAUCAGCUGGAGUACCACAAGGUAGUGUCUUAGGACCUAUUCUUUAUCUACUUUAGACAGCUGAUAUACCAAACAAUUAUAACAAUGACACCAUAACGAUAGCUAUGUUUGCCGAUGAUACGGCAAUUUUGUCGACAAGUAAGAAUCAGCUGACAGCAACUGACAACUUACAAGCAUCAAUUAAUAACAUUUUUGCCUGGACGAGACGUUGGAAAAUUAAGAUAAAUGGCGAUAAAUCGGUACACGUCAACUAUACGUUACGUAAAACUGAAAACAUUCCAAUUUUACUGAAUCAAACUUUAAUCCCACAAAAAGAUUCAGCAGAAUAUCUUGGAAUGCAUCUUGACUCUCGUUUAAACUGGAAACAUCAUGUCCGCCAGAAAAAAAUACAGAUUAAAGAAAAAAAUACGAAAGCUCUAUUGGUUAGUUGGACCCCACUCUGAGUUAACUAUANGACGUUGGAAAAUUAAGAUAAAUGGCGAUAAAUCGGUACACGUCAACUAUACGUUACGUAAAACUGAAAACAUUCCAAUUUUACUGAAUCAAACUUUAAUCCCACAAAAAGUUUCAGCAAAAUAUCUUGGAAUGCAUCUUGACUCUCGUUUAAGCUGGAAACAUCAUGUCCGUCAGAAAAAAAUACAGAUUAAAGAAAAAAUGUGAAAGCUCUAUUGGUUAGUUGGACCCCACUCUGAGUUAACUAUAGAAAACAAACGUCUACUAUAUGUAACUAUUAUAAAACCAAUUUGGACCUAUGGCAUUCAACUGUGGGGUUGUGCUAGUAAUUCUAACAUUGAUAUAAUACAACGUUGCCAAAACAUCGCUCUUCGGACCAUCACUGCAGCCUAUCGGUUUAAAAGAAACGAUGCCAUUCACCACGAUAUGAUGCUGCCUACAAUAGCAGAAGAAAUCCAAAAGUUUGCUCGUAAACACGAGAGGAGAUUAGAGGACCAUAUCAACCCAAUGGCAAGACAUUAG